AUGUUGUCUGAUAUAGCUGAGAAAGGUCCAUCUCUGGACUCGGUGGACCCAUCUGUUCUGGCCCAUAUCGUCGAUGUGCAUUGUCACCCUGUCGAAACUCCCUACGAUGACCAAACGAUGGACGAUCUUCCCAUUCAUAUCUGUGCGAUGGCGACCACAGCUUUAGACCAGGAAAGGGUAGCCACUCUCGCCAAGAAAUGGCCAGACAAAGUCACGCCAGCAUUCGGCACUACUAACCAACGGUCUAUCCUCCCCACAGGUUACCAUCCAUGGUUCUCCCAUACCAUAGCCCUUACGCCUCCAACAUCAAAAGAGGACCACUACCGCUCCCUCUUCCUCAUAUCUUCAUCCGGACCCGUACGUCCAGAGCACGAAGAAGCCUUCACACGUUUGGUGGCUCUCCUACCAGCACCUCAUCUCCUCUCCGAUCUCCUCCACGACCUACGCUCGAACCUUGAAGCACAUCCUAACGCCAUGCUCGGCGAAGUAGGUAUCGAUCGUGCCGCACGCGUACCCUUCCCCUUGUCACGACAGUCUUCCCCUCGAUCGUGUUGUACCCCGGAAGACGGUUCAGCAGACCCAAUAACGUCCCGUCGAGAACUUUCACCCUUCAUAACUCCCCUCCCUCACCAACUCUCAAUUCUGGAAGCCCAACUCUCCCUCGCCAUCCAACUCCAUCGAAACGUGAGCAUCCACAGCGUCAAAGCUCCCCAACCGACUCGCGAUUUCUUGGAUCGGAUGGCAAAGAAAUAUGGCGAGGAAUGGUUAAGGAUAAGUGUGGAUAUGCAUAGUUGUGGUAUGAGUCCGCAAGUCUGGACGGAGAUUGAGAAACAUCAUGCGAACGUCUUCCUCUCGCUUUCAACCGCUAUAAAUGGCCGUUCACCAAAUCACAUCGCCCUCAUCAAAUCCUGCUCGCCUACCCGUCUCCUCAUCGAAUCGGACUAUGGCGACGCUAAAUACUUGGCUUCGCAGACGUGGGAUAUACUCCUCACCGUCUCCCGUGAACGUGGUUGGCGGAUCGAACAGUCGUGGGGUGAGUAUGCCGAUACUGAUCCUGAUGCCGAUGCCGAUGGCGGUGCGGGAGCCGAUAGUGAGAGGGGGGAGGAAAGGAUGAAGGAUGGGUUUCCAGAGAGUUGGGGCGUGGUGAGAAGGUUGGAGGCAAACUGGCUGAGAUUUGUGAAGGGAAGACAUAAGAAGAUUGUUAAGCCCAACCGAAAGGAUUCCAAGUGGGAUGAUUGGGACAAUGAAGAUUGA